AUGGCUCUCAGCAAGCCGGCGCCGGCUCUCACUGACGACGACGAUGAGGCUGAGUUUUUGGUGACGUUGUUAACGUACGAAGUAGCACUUAGAAGGAAGCACACGUGGCAGCUGACGAUGCUUCGCAAAAUCCGAGAGCUCGAGGCACAACAAUGUGCCAGGAGACGGUGCCAACGUCUCAUGAUAGCGGCAGCGCAGCUUCGUUCCUCCGGCAGACGCCUGUGGUCAUUUCCGCGGGCACCGUCAUGGUACGAAACCAUACUGCCUUUUCUUCCUGACAACAAGUUUAAGGAACACUUCAGAAUUAACCGCAGCACUUUUAACUAUAUCGUAGCUGUUUGUGAACCAAUGAGGCGGCAGGACGCAAAUACGUGCAAAGCCAUUCCUCUGGAUAAAUGCGUCGCCAGUGCAUUGUACCGGCUCGCAUCUUGGGCAGAGGACAGGACUGUGGCGAACCUGUUUGGCAUUGGGCGAUUCUCCGUCAACGGCAUUUUUCGAGAGUUCUGCAAGAUUGUUCUGCAGCGCCUGGAACCACGAUACGUAAAGUCUCCCAAAGCAUACGAGUUGGCAGAGCAUUUACGACAGUUUUGUGCAGUCGCUGGUUUUCCACAAGGUGUGAGUGCCCUCGAUGGCUGUCAUAUAGAAGUCUGCCCACCAAAGGAUCAGGCUACAGAUUACUAUAACUAUAAAAGCUGGUAUAGCACUGUCCUGCUGGCUCUUCUAGAUCACACCUAUAACUUAAUAUACACAAAUGUUGGGACACCUGGAAGGAGCCAUGAUGCUGUAGUGUUCGUACGGUCACAACUGCCACAUCUUCUGGCCAGCGACUUGUUCAAAAGAGAGGUCCAACUGGUUGUCCUUCGCAUCUAUUUUAGCUAUCGCCUCUCAAGUGACAGGCGCAUGGUUGAGAACGCGUUUGGUUGCCUCAAGGCACGGUUUAGCAUUUUGCAUAAGGGUCUCGAGCGCGACAUUGACAACGUGAACUGCAUAAUCCGGGCGUGCUGUGUUCUUCACAAUAUGUGCCAGCAACUCUGUAACCACUGUGAUGCCAACUGGAUUGAGCUGGCACAGCGUGAAGAACAAGGGCGUCCUCAGCUAUUGUGCUCGAAUAAUCGGGAGGAACCAUCAGGGGUGGCAGUGAGGAAUGCGAUUGCCAUGUACCGUGCUGGAAGCUGA